CGAAUGUUGAGAAAUUGAACACAUUAACGGAAAUCCAGCCCUAGAAUUUUACUGGCCGUUUCCGUAUGGCAUUCAGAUAGGAGUGAGGUUUACAGCAAAUAAAGGUAGCCAUUGGGUUUUUGGUACAUCUUUCUAUUGGCGAAGACCCGUCUCCUUUUCGUUGGUACGGAAGCCGAGAGAGGACGGGUUGGUUACGCGGCGGCGGUGGGUCUCCACCCGAGAGUAUGGCGGCCAGGAUUGUAUUGGUGAGCGCAUAAGGAACGGGAAGAGAUGGUGAAAAUAAUCAAAGAAGAACGCUUGUAUUAUUAACUUUUAAAAUAGGAUUUAUUUAUCAACAGUUGAGUUAAUACGCGCCAGUCUUCUUUCAGAAUCCAUCAUCAGGAACCGUCCUGUUUUUUCACCAAUGUCUUCGCUGGAGCAAGUUUUGUUUUUAUGAUGCUUAGAAUGGUAAGCGAAGCAGAAGAAAAACCACACGUUUCACAUUGUCCCGCGUUUUAAUAGCUUGUAAUGUACAUUUUGAAGUUGCCUGGGGGAAUUUCUACAAUGAAAUCCAUCUUCGGUCAGCAAGGCUUUGUGUUCUGCUUUUUUAUUUGCCUUUGCUGAACGGUGGUCAGGAAGGCAAUAUUUUUUUAUAUCCGUUCAAAAUGGAACACGAAUAAAUCUUCUUUGCGCGGGGAUAGCUUUCGACAAUCUCUUGAAAUCAUCAACUAACAAGGGAGCAAUGCGCGAGUACAAAGUGGUGGUCCUUGGCAGCGGUGGGGUCGGGAAAUCCGCCCUCACUGUUCAGUUUGUCACCGGGACUUUUAUUGAGAAAUACGACCCGACCAUAGAGGAUUUUUACCGCAAAGAAAUCGAGGUGGAUUCCUCACCCUCUGUUCUGGAGAUUCUUGACACUGCUGGUACUGAACAGUUUGCAUCCAUGCGGGACCUUUACAUCAAAAAUGGCCAAGGCUUCAUACUUGUCUACAGUCUUGUCAACCAGCAGAGCUUCCAAGACAUCAAACCCAUGAGGGACCAGAUCAUCAGAGUGAAAAGGUACGAGAAGGUCCCAGUGAUCCUGGUGGGGAACAAAGUGGACCUGGAGAGUGAGAGGGAGGUGUCGGCCAGCGAGGGCCAGGCUCUGGCCGAGGAGUGGGGCUGUCCCUUCAUGGAGACCUCGGCCAAGAGCAAAACCAUGGUGGACGAACUGUUUGCCGAGAUUGUUCGGCAGAUGGACUACGCCGCCCAGCCAGACAAGAAUGACCCAUGCUGCUCCUCCUGUAAUAUACAAUAGCCCCAGGGCCUAGGGCGACGCCAGGGGAGAGGACGUAGCCCCAGGGCCUAGGGCGACGCCAGGGGAGAGAGGACAUAGCCCUAGGGCGACACCAGGGGAGAGAGGACGUACCCCCAGGGCCUAGGGCGACACCAGGGGAGAGAGGACGUACCCCCAGGGCCUAGGGCGACACCAGGGGAGAGAGGACGUACCCCCAGGGCCUAGGGCGACGCUAGUGACCAGUGGAGAGAGAACAUAGCCCCAGGGCCUAGCGCGACGCUAGUGACC